AUGGUGCUGCUCUCAGGUCUUUUUCGAACUCAAGGACGGGUCUUGGUGGUUGCCUCUACGAAGGAUGCCUCUGCUUUCGCAAGUGCUGAGGCUUACUUGCUAUCUCUGCCACUAGGCAUGAGUGUGGAAGGGGAUGUGGAUCGUGAAGGCCAUCAAUUGGACUUUUUGCCCUUCAAAUGCGAUGCGUGCCACCAGGUCUUUUGCCAGGAACAUUUCUCAUAUACCAGUCACAACUGCGCCCGGGCAGAUCAGAAAACUGUACAGGUGAUCAUUUGUCCGAUGUGUGAAGCAGCAGUGCGACUAAGGGCAGAUGAGGACCCAAACGUCACCUGGGAUCGGCACUUUCGACAAGGCUGCGCCAAGAGCCUGCCGUCCAAGACGGGGCCGAAGCGCUGUCCAGUUGCUGGCUGCAAAGAAAAGUUGGGCCCCUCCAACAAGUUCGACUGCCAAAAGUGUGGCCAGACGGUGUGUUUGCGCCACCGCUAUGAGGAGGAACAUGACUGCAGGCCGCCCGGCAAACAGAAAGCUGCACCGCGGCCCGCGCCCGGGCCCAGUGCCGCUGGCGCGACGGCAUCAUCCGCGGCACCCUACACGGGGAAAAAGAAGAAGAAGAGCUUGGGCCAACGGAUUGGAGCAGUGUUCGCCUGCUUCAAGGGCGGUGAUCCUUCGAAAAAGAGCUUGCUGGGCAGUCGGAGCUCACAGCGGUGA